AUGGCUAGACAAAACUUUGUGGGUUUGGUCGUUUCCCAAGGCAAAAUGAACAAGACCGUCAAGGUCCGUGUUCAGACUAAAGCCUACGACAAGAGAGUUCACAAGGAAGUCAUUCAAAGAAAAGAUUACCUUGUUCACGAUGAAGGAAACUUGUGCAAAGAAGGCGAUAUUGUGAGAAUCGAAACCAUUCCUAAGAUUUCCGCACGUAAAUAUUUUGCUAUUGCAGAAAUUAAGGUCAACAAGGGUCAGCAAUUUGCACUUUACGAGACGUUGGCCAAGCAGAAGGUUGCCCAGGAAGAACAGCUCAAGAUCACGGAAUACUUGCAGAAGAAACAAGAUUUUGAGGCUACUAUCGAGAAGGUGGAGGACUUGAAGAACUUGGACCGUAUUUCCAAGUCUAUUCAGAGCCCAGAAGCCGACAAGCAGGCACUUCUUGACCAGAUCAAUGAAAUCAAGCAGAAGUAUGGAAUCACAUCAUGGCCAUCGCCAGAGCCUGUGUUGAAACUCGAGGUGAACGAGGCCGCUAAGGACUUGAGUGUUGUGGAGAACAGGAUUGCCCACAUCAAGCAAAUUCUCGACAAGUUCAUGAGCUCUGAAUUUGCUGCACAACGUCUGGAGGUUUUGGCCAGUCUAAACAAGAACGCUGAGGAGUUGCAGCCCCACACUGUCAAGAACAUUUUGAGAAAGUAUGUACUUGAUCCUCGCAAUGAGGUUCCUUUCACGCUUUAG